AUGGCACCACCGGAACAUGCUCCGGGACCCUCCCCAACGAGGGCAGUUUAUGGAUUUUCCAUGUUUCUCCUCUUUAAAACAAUGUUUAUCAUGUACGUCAUCUGGGCAUUAGUUCCGGACACAAUUCUCCGGGAUAUGUUUUCACUCACCUACCUUCCGGACAAGUAUUUUGCUAUCUUCAUCCCAAUGCUAAUCCUCGUGGCUGUCUCCUUUUUCGCCUUCUUCAUCUAUCCUGGGAUAAAUCUCACCCUCACACCUGAUAUCAAUGAUGUAUCAACGGUGAGGGAUUCAUUUGCAAUAUUUCCCUGUCAGUGGGUAAGCCCCGAUGGGAGGGAUGACUGCAAUAAACCAACUAAGAUUGACAAAAAUUCCUGGAGGAUUCAUAAAUUCUGCGAGAAGCACGAACAAGGCGAUGAUAGCUCGGAAGACUCCACAAUUUCGGACUUUUGUGAUUGUCCGGAAGACAAGGAAUGCCUCCUGAGGGACACACCAACCCACCUUGAAGGCCUACGGCAGAAGAAACAGAUCCCAAAGGUCUGUGAUCUGCCAAUAUCAGCAGUUUGCCGGACUCUGUAUCGGGAUUAAGGGAAUUAGGACGGGUUUACAUCAACAGGUGAUUUUUAUUUUUGAAUAAAAAAUAUGUCAGUACAAUAAA